AUGGCACCCAGGAUACUGCCUCUGUUGCUGCCGCUGCUGCUGAUGGUGAUGGCCUGGCCUCUGGCAGUACAGCCUGCACCCCCAACCUGCUACUUCAGGAUGCUGACCCUGAGCCGUGAGAUCAUGGCAGACUUCCAAAGCCUGCAGACUUCAGAGCCUGAGGAUCCAUGUGUGAGGUACUUGCCCUGGCUCUACCUGGACAUCCAUAAUUCCUGUGUGCUGGCCAAGCUGCGGGAGUUUGUGGCCUCUCCUCAAUGCUGGAAAGUGGCUGAAGUGGACGCUCUGAAGGAAAGAGUGCGGAAGCUGUAUAUUAUCAUGAAAUCUUUCUGCAGGCGGGACUUAGUGUUCAACUCGGAUGACUGCAAUGCUUUGGAACACCCGAUCCCCGAGACCACGGGUCCCUCAGACUGGCAGAGCUAA